AUGCAGACAACGAAAGUGAAGGAUACCGGUUCUGCGGUUAAAAAUGUGUUAUCGGUUAUUGAAUCUUUGAAGAAGCAAGUAGCUAUGAAACAUAUUGUUUCACUCAAGGUUAUUAGGACUUAUGCUUUGAACAAAACAUGGUGGAUAAGUUUUCUGAUGGAUAUUAUUAGGGACAUUGUUGAUGUUAAGGGCAAUAUCUCUGCCUACACUGAAAUAUCUACUUUUUCUUGCAAUCACAAUUUCUUGAUUAAGAAAUUCAGGGAUCUCAUGAUAGAGUUUCAGACGUAUAGUGCUUCAAAUGAGAUUGUAGGAAUCUCAAUUACCAGUGGAAGAGCUGGAAGUGAUGAGUUAUGUGUUAAUCGCGUGUGUAUGUAUGUAUUUCGAAUGGCAUAUUUUAUGUAUGAAACUGAUUUUGUUCUCACGCGUUUGCAGGUUGAAUACGUAUCGAUGCAUAUGAAAUUGAUGAUGAAAAGGACAUGCUCAGUAGGAGCUGUGAUUCGCUGA